AUGUAAAUCUCUGAUUGCUUAUUUUUAUAUGGAAUGUCUGCUAUUGGAGGAGCCAUUUAUAUAGCUGGAUAGGGAAAUUAUAACAUUUAAAAUUCUAAGUUCAUAAAUAAUAAAGCUUUAACCAAUGGAGGUGCAAUUUUCGCAUAGAAUUUUUAGAGUAUCUACAUUGUAGAAAGUACUUUUAAAGAUUGUUAAGCUUAAGUAGGUGGUGCUAUAUACAUUGAAAAUUAACAAAUUCUAACAAUUUUGAGUUCGAAGUUCAUAAAUAAUUAAGCUUUAAAUUCAGUAAAUUAAAAUAACUAAUAAAAAAACUAAGGAUCAGGAGGAUCAAUAUACCAUUCAUGUGAAGCAAUAACAUUGAAUUGCCAGUUGAUAUUUAAUGGCUCAAACUAGUUUUUAGAAAAUCAUGCUGAUGUUUAGGGUGGAGCUUUAUUUUGGGAUUCAGUAGAACCAUAUUUAUUGGAAUAGCCUCAAUUCAAAUAAAAUACAGCAAUAUACUAUGCUUUGAAAGAUAAUUAUGGGCAGAUAGUAGGUUCAGAUUCAAAGAGCAAAGUAAUAAUAUCUUUUAUUACAGAUAAUCUAAAUUCAGAAUAGAGCAAAUAUCCACCUAACAUUGAGGGAUAAACUGAAUUUUUAUUUGACUAAGGUGUUACAAUAGUAAAAGAUACUAACCUUAUUGGCACUCCAGGAUAGUAAUAUGUCAUAAAAUUUUAAACCGAUGCUCUUGAGACUUUAAAACAAUAGAACCAAAUUCUGAAGAGAUCCUCUUUAUUUUCACCAACUAAUUUGGACAUUAAUCUAGAGUUGAAUUUUAGAUAAUGUUUGGUCGGAGAAUACUUCACUGUAGCUGGAAAAUGUAUCUAAUGUGAAGUUGGUUAUUCUUUGAUAGAGAUGAAUGAGCCAGGAUCAUGCAUGGAUUGCAAAUCAGACAGGGCUAUAUGUCUAGGAGGCUCACAUAUUGGACCAUUACCUGGAUAUUGGAGAAUGAAUGUUAAUUCAAGUACAUUUAUUAAAUGCCGUCAAGAAAAAGCUUGUCUUGGAAUGAUUGACCCAAAUAACAAUCCACUUGGUGAAUGUGAAAGAGGAUAUUAAGGAGUUUUAUGUGCUGAUUGCUAAAUAAACUAUUAUCAGAAUAUCUUAUAUCAAUGCGAAAAAUGUCCUGAGAUCUGGAGAGAUUUAAUAAAACUUAUUUCAGUUAUGAUUGCUAUUGUUCUUAUUUCAGUAUUGAUGAUCAGAAAUUCAUUAAAAACCUAAACAAAUCUAGAGACUUUAUAAUGGUCUAUUCUUUUUUUGCUUUCAAAUGUUCAGAGAUUGAAAAUGAAUAAAGGCUAUACUUUGAUCUAGAGAUCAUUUGUUAGAGUUAUUCUUACUAGACUUACAAUUAAUUUGUUGCUAUUCCAAGCAUUCUUGUUUGGGGAAUAGGUAUUCCAUUAUUCUAUUAUUUUCUCUUAUAUAAAUUUCUUAUUUUUCAAUGUUAAGAAGUAACCGUUUUAUACAUAAGCUCUCAAUGAUAUUGAAAGCAUUUCUUUAAUUUCUCAACUAGCUUUCAUUUUUGUUGGAUUAUUCUUUCUUCUCAACAAAUCUCAAGAUUGGAUUGAUCAAAAUCCAGACCAAUCCAAGGGAGCAGUGACUCUUUCUAGAGAAGCUGAAAUUACUCUAUUCAUCUGCAUACUAGUAAUCAAUUUACUAUUCAUAGUAUUUUGGAUAAAAGAAGUCAUUAUAGAAUUGAAACAAUACCUUAGAGAGAAAAUGCCCAAGCUUUAUAUUUAGCUCUUUUUAUGUAACAACGAUUCUUUGUUCCAAAGUUAGGUUCAGAAAUAUUAAGAUAAGCAAGGAAACUUAAGAUUUUAUGAAUUGAUUAAAAGAGAAAUAGAAAAUGAUAGAAGAGCAAUACGAUCUGGGAAUUUUAUACUUAAAAAAAAUAUUAGUCAAAAAAUUAAUAACUAUCUAUCUAAUGAAUAAAUUAUCUAAAUCGUAAAUAAGAAAGCCCUCCUAAGUAUUUUGACAAAUCAAACAGCUAAAUCUAAUCUUAUAUAAACAUUCGAUGAAAAUAAAGCAAAUAAUAAUCACAAAAAUCUAACUAUAAAAAAGUCGGUCUCAAUAAAUCCUCAUCUCUCUAUUUAUGAUUAAAAUUCAAAGGAUCCAUUUGUAAGAGAAAAAUUGAAUUUUUUAAUAGAAAGUGAUGCACAGUAUACUAGUGAAUAACUAUUGCUCGAUAACCUAGAAUAAUUUACUGAAGAGAAUAAAGAAUUGAAUUAUUGGUAAAAUCCACCCAAUUCAAAUGGAAAUAUUAAAGUUUAAAAUGAUUACAAUACAGUAUAAAUUGCAAAAUAAAAAAGUUAUUUAAUUCAAGGAACAGAAAUUGACAUUACUGAAAAAUAACUUCAAUUAAAUUAUAAAUAAGAUGAGAGAAUUAUACUUAAAGAUAUUAUAAAAAUUGGAAAUUCAUUGAUUAGACAUAAUUAGAUCCCUAAUGAAAAUCAGCUUGUGAAUGAUUAGUCAAUAGCUAAUAAAACAUAUUAGGCUUUUGAUGAAAAUGAUUCUUUGAAAGUCAUUUAAGAAGAGGAAAGUCUUAAUGAUUUAGAACCAUAGAUAGAUUUUUUCUCAAAAUAAGAUAAAUAAAAACAUUAUGAAACUGAGGACAUCGCUAUUGAAGAAAUAUUAAAUGAUAUUGAAAUAAUUACCGACGAUGAUUAGUGA